AAGUACUCCUGUUCUUUUUGCGGAUACAGACUAACACGGCUGCUACUCUGAAACCUGUCCUUUUUUGGUAGCGGGUGAAACUAUGUUAAUGAGAAUACAGUAAAAUUUAACGGUUUGGAUGUAAUUUAAUUUUCUGAUAACUAAUCAGGAAGUGUUCCUCAAAAAGUAAAAGUGGAGGAUGAGCUCAAACAGCCUUUUGAAUUUGAAUGGAAAGCUUUAUGUUUUGGUUUAUUUUUUACCCAAACAUUUCUUGUAGUAAAGGUCUUCUGAAAGAACACACUUUUUCAAUCAUAACUGAAGAGUUUUCGCAAGGAGCACUUUGUUUAAUCACCUGAAGGCAGUAAUCAUCAUCCAGUUCUUGAUUGCUUGCUUACACUGCAAAAUCAUAAAGAUGUGAAGUGAAGUAAAACUGAAGGAGCAGAAAAUGCCCUUAAGCUUUCAAAUAAAUUGUAUCCAAAGAUGGAUAACUUCUCACAAAUCACCUUUGCUAACUUCAUUGACAAAAGAGAGUAUGGAAAAGGCUUCAGGGGCAUGAAUGGAAGUAAUGAAAUUUAAAUAUUCUUAGUUCUCCAAAAUGUCACCUGUAAUUUAGGUGUAUAUAACGGUUCCCUAUUUUUUCAUUAUUGGGAGCUACUUCUUACAGUGGAAGGAUACAUUGUAAACAAACUGCAUUUUGUAAAGUGUGUUUUUGGGUGCGGGGAGGGGUUAAAAUCAAUGAGCAGAUACAAGUCACUUCAAGAUGUGCACUUUUCCUAGUGUCUGGAGACAUGUAGCCAAAUACACCAAUGUACAUAGACCCUGCCAUGACUUUCUGCUGUUUUGCUACCAUAGAGCUAAACUGCACAUCAUUUAAAAUGAUAUAUUUUAAACUGAGGCUGGAAAGGCAGCAUUCCUUCUCUCCUCAGUUGAGUGCUACAAAAUAUACAUUUCUGGUUUCCAGACUUUUGAAAGUUACGACGUGAUAGUUAUAAUGUAAGCAACAAAUAAAACUAACACUUUGAAACCUUUUCUGUGUCAGAAGAGCAGUUGAAGAGUACAAAUAGUUGUCUUUUUAUUGUGCUUUGCUGCACAAUUGCAGCAUAAAUUAAAUGAGGUGAAAGAAAUCUUUCUAAAAACUGCUGCUUGUUGAAACUAGAAUAGAAUUUUUCAUAGUGGGCAUUAUUGCGAUUGUCCUGCCCUUUUGAGUUCUCCAUUGCAUUAUGGUGCAAUGAGUUUUAACAUCAAAACUGUUAGUCACUAGCUAAGAGGUAAAAGUACAGUUAUAUUUGCUUAGAUUACUUAAGCUCUGAACUGUGUUUUUGGGCAGAGGACACGUGAGUAGGACUUUUGACCAGCUGGGCUUUAUUUUAUAGGGUAGAGAAUGUCAAUUCUGAGCUGUGCCUUGCAGGAGGCAUAACACAGCAGGUUUAAACCAGAAACUAGCAGACUUGCAUAGCCACCUUGGCUUCUCCUUGACAUAGAAAAGCUGGAGUAGGACUGAUUUUAAUCAUGAUUAAGGCUUGGUCUACACUACAGAGUUACGUACAAGCAGCUUACGUCGAUCUAACUCUGUAAGGGCUUGUUUACACUGGCAAGUUUUGUUGCCAAAAACUGCCUUUUGGCGACAAAACAGCGAUAGCGUACACACUGCGAGGUCCCUUUUUUCAGGAGGGGGGGAACCCACCUAGAUUUGGCAACAAAAAACUUCCAUCCCUGCGAGAGACUUUUGUCUUUUCCCCUCCCUUUAUUGUCGACAAACAGCCAGUGUAGACACCACAGAUUUUUUUUUUUCUUCAAUUUUAUUGGCCUUCAGAAAGUAUCCCACAAUUCCCAUGCUGCUGCUCUGGUCAGCGGUUUGAACUCUGCUGCCCUGCAGCCAAUUUGCCCCUCCCCCUUGCAAGCCCUGGGACUUUUAAAUCUCAUUUCCUGUUUGCUGGCUUCCCAGAGGAGUUUCCCAGGUGAGCAUGGCUGGCUAUUGCAUCAAACGUGCUGCUGCUUGGACCUCCGCUGAGUUGUUGGAUCUGAUCAGUAUAUGGGGAAAGGAGUCUGUUCAGUCGCAGCUGUGAGUGACCCGUAGGAAUCAGGACACAUAUGGGCAAAUUUCUCGGGGCUCGUGCGAAAAGGGCUAUGAUCGGGAUAUGCAUCAGUGCAGAGCGAAGAUAAAGGAGCUGAGACAGGCAUACCAUAAGGUGCGGGAGGCAAACCAUCGCUCCAGUGGUGCACCUAAGACUUGCCGCUUCUAUAAGGAGCUGAACGAUAUCCUCGGUGGUGACCCCACCUCCAUCGCCGAUUGCCCCGUGGAUACUUCACAUGCAGCUGAAAGCGGGGAUAACCUAGAGGCUGAAAUUGUGAAUGAAGAAGUCGAGCUAGAAGAGGAUGUGGUGCUCCCAGCAGGGUCACCCAGUGGGGCAGGGAGCCAGGAACUUUUCUCCACUCCAGAAGUGCUCAACGGGGAGCAGGAAGCAGAUGAGACGCUGGCACAGACCUUGAAGAACACACCAUGCACCCCCGCGGACUGGCUGCGGCAGAUAAGAAAAAACCCUAGGCACAGCAAAGAAGACAUGUUCCGCGAAGUUAUACAGCACGAUGAGAGACAGGCCAGGGAAUGGAAAGAUUUCUGGGAAGCCAAAAGGCACAACAGAAAAGAGAAUGCCGCUUUCGCUAGGCAUGCGACAGAGCGGAUGAUAAGUUAUGGAGGAUCAGACAGAUGCUCAAGUCUCUGCAGACUGAGCAGAUCCGAGUUUGAGUGCUACUGCAGCAGAUGCACUGUUCUUUGCCAACCCCACCCCCCUCUAUGCCCACACAUUCCUUUUCACUUCACAGCACUCCUGAAUUUCCCCAGCACUCCACCUCCUCUCACAGCUUGCACAAUGAUAGCUGGAGCUACACACAGUUGUGGCGUUUUAUCAUUUUUAACAAUAAAUGAAGGCUAAGUUA